CCGUCGCGCGCGGGCGGGGCCUGCCCCGGAAGCGCGCGGUGCAGCAUGGGCGGGCGGCGCCUGCGCGGAGCGGCCUGCGGGGGAAGAUGGUGCUGACCAAGGAGUUCCGAGUGGUUUUACCUUGCUCAGUGCAAGAGUAUCAAGUUGGGCAACUUUAUUCUGUGGCAGAAGCUAGCAAAAACGAAACAGGAGGUGGUGAAGGAAUUCAAGUCUUAAAAAACGAGCCUUAUGAGAAGGAUGGCGAGAAGGGGCAAUAUACCCACAAAAUCUAUCAUUUAAAGAGUAAAGUUCCUGGCUUUGUGAGGAUGAUUGCGCCAGAAGGCUCUCUGGUCUUCCAUGAGAAGGCUUGGAACGCAUAUCCCUACUGUAGAACAAUUGUGACAAAUGAAUACAUGAAAGAUGACUUCUUCAUAAAAAUUGAGACCUGGCAUAAACCAGAUUUGGGAACAUCAGAAAAUGUGCACAAUUUAGAUCCCAACACAUGGAAGACGGUUGAAGUUGUCCAUAUCGACAUUGCAGAUAGAACUCAAGUAGAGCCAGGAGACUACAAAGCUGAUGAAGACCCUGCGUUAUUCCAGUCGGUUAAGACGAAGAGAGGACCUUUGGGGCCAAAUUGGAAGAAGGAGCUGGCAACUGAUGAAGAGUGUCCAAAAAUGUGUGCUUACAAGUUGGUGACUAUCAAAUUUAAAUGGUGGGGACUGCAGAACAAAGUGGAAAACUUCAUUCAGAAGCAAGAAAAAAGGAUAUUUACCAACUUUCAUCGCCAGCUGUUCUGUUGGAUUGACAAGUGGAUUGACCUGACCAUGGAAGACAUUAGGAGAAUGGAGGAUGAAACCCAAAAGGAGCUGGAAGCGAUGCGUAAGAAGGGUUCCGUUCGAGGCACUUUGGCUGCUGACGUCUAGAGGAGUUCUCUGUAGGUUCUGAGGCAAAUCAAGCUGUUUACGUAAUCAAGGCCAAGUCAGAGGAACAAGUGCUGCCAAUGAUGAAUGAUGAUGGAUUUAACCGUCACAUGCAGUGUUGAUAUACAAAUGUGUGUGUGGAUGCAUGAUUAUUUAUAUAUAAUUAUAUAUACGCACAUGCAUACUGAAGGGGUUGUUACAGUGUCUCCAGGGUACUAUACCUGUCCUCAGCAAAGAUUCAAAGGAAACUGCUUUCAUUAUGUAUACCCGAAGCAAAUAAAAAUCGACUGAGUAGUGUCAUUUAAAGGAUGAACUAUGUUAACUGGUAUGUUUCAUGAAUGUCAAUACUGGACCAAUUUAUUCCCUACUUGGGUUUUUUUUUCCUGUCUUGAGUCCCUCUGCUAUAACUUGCCCGUUUCUCAUUGUAAAGAAAGAGAUUCAAGUAAGUUAAUUUCAGUUUUGUGUAUUCCCUAUGUGAUUAUUUUUGGAAUAGGAACAAUGAAUGUAUUUAUAGCUAUUUAUUUCUGGAUAGUCAUUAUCCUAUAGUCACAUCAGCAAAAAAUUUCUAUUAGUGGAAAUUGGAAGAUUUUUACUGUUGAAUAAGUUUAAUUCGAACUUUUCCCAUUCAGUGAUUUAAAGGAAAAAAAAUCAUGUUUUAUUGGACUUUUGUACAUGGAAAUGCUAAUUAAUGGUUUUUCUUCAUUAAAAUUGGCAAAUUAAGGACAAA